GACCAGUCAUUUCUCUCCCAUUUUUAUGUUUUUAUCCACACUGAACGAGAGAUCACAAAAACAUGCUGUUUUCCACCACGAAACCCAGUGCGCAUGCUCAGACAUGGCAGCUGCCAGCCACCCCUCAGAUCCGACGGUUAAAGACAUUUAGCCAAAUAAAACCUGAGCCAUCUGAGCUAACUGACAGCUGUUGUGUUUCAUCGUCGCAGCCACGAUGGAGUAAGCAGCAGGGGAAGCGGGGAAACUUGUGAUCUGAUCUGGAUGGAACCGACGGGUCUACGAGACGUUUUCAAAUGUAUAACACUGUCCAUUGCAGCUAUGGAGGAUGUUGGUCUCCUUCCCAAACCCACCGGUUAUGGCCCCCCCGUUCACAGACCCACAGUCACUGACACGUUCGGACUGCACCACAUCCCACCAGACCAUGUACAUGUCACUGAUGCAAGCAGGAAAUGUGAUGGUCCGUCCAAAAAAAGGUCCCACUCUGUAACGACAGCACAGCCACAGUUGACAGUUGAGAAUGAUUCUCCUCUGGGGGCCGACACCACAUUUUUUAAGACAGCUGCUAAAAAUGGGAACACUAAUCUGGAUGUGGCAGGUGCUGGCAGAAAAAUCCCCAAAACCAAAGUCGCAGAUCCAUCAAAGUGGAAGCAAAACAAGCAGAAACAGCUGAGGAUGGAGGGUAAAGCGUACGUAAGCAAACGCAAAAAAGAUGGCGAGAUUGUGACAAAGCAGCCGAGAGCAGUGGGUCCAAGAUGCACCUCGAUUGCCUGCAAAAAGGCGUCAAACCGACUUUGUGGCGAAAUCAACGAAGAGGCCAGGAACAAAGUGUUUGAUGAAUUCUGGCAGCGCAUGAACUGGGCUCAGAGAAAACAGUACAUAGCAGGACAGGUUGACUGCGACCCCGUGGAAAGAUCUCGGGCAGUGGGAUCACAGUCGAGAAGAUCAGUUUCGCUUCGGUAUCAUUUAAUGGUUGAUGGCAAACGGAAACAAGUGUGUAAAAACAUGUUCCUGUCCACUCUGGGGAUAGGAGAGUGGUCUGUGCUCAACUGGGCACAGAAAGGAGCAACAAAGAAGAAUGAAUCAAAUGACAAUAACUUCGACAAGAGCCAAGUUGCCCCUCAGUGCUCACAACAGAAUCCAGUCAGUAAUGUUGUGCAGAUUACCCAGGAACAAGUGAAUGCUGCUGACAUGGACAAAACCAGGCUACCCGAACCAGAGGGGCCAGCCAGAAAGAAAUCCCGAGUUGCCAGGCCGCUUACAUGGAAACAAAAUCGACAGAAGCAACUUCGGAUGGAGGGCAAACCGUACAUCAGCAAACGAAAGAAAGACGGCAUGACCAUCACUAAAGCUCAGAGGGCAGUCGGACCGAGAUGCACCUCCAGCGCUUGCAAAAAGGCGUCAAACCGCUUCUGUGCCGAUUUCAGCGAAGACGCGAGGAACAAGCUGUUUACGAGUUUCUGGCAGUGUAUGAACUGGCCUCAGAGAAAGAUCUAUGUGGCCGAAUUAGUGGACUGCGACCCAGUGGAAAGAACCCGAGCGCCAUGGACUCAGUCCAGGAGAACAGUCUCGAUGCGCUAUCACUUGAUUGCCGACGGUGACAGAAAACAAGUUUGCAAAAAGAUGUUCCUCUCCACUUUGGGGAUUGGAGAGUGGUCAGUGCUCAACUGGGCACAAAAUGCGUCCAAGCAGGACAAUUCAGGGGAAAAAUCCAAGAAGCGAACGCAGAGGAAGUCUCGCAAAGCUUCAGAGCAUAUCGUCCUGAAGGAGUUCCUCGAGAGUUUACCCAAAGUGCCCUCAUACUGCUGCGGGACAUCCAUCUCCAAGCUUUAUCUGGAGCCGGUCUUCUCCAACAUGUCCGAGGUGUACAGGCACUACUGCAACCACUGCUUAGAGAAGACGACAGCGCCGCUCUCUCGGCAGGUUUUCUGCGCUGUGUUUAAAAAGAUGGACUUGGGAUUGUGUGACUCCAAAAAGGAUCAGCCUUGCUCUUUUGGUGCUUCUGGAAAUUUGUUUAACGAGCUUUGGGAGGAAUACUGCAUGGAGAGAGGAGCUCCAGGGCCACAACCAGCGAAAGUGGGUAACCAGUAGAAAGGGAUUAAUGACGAAAAAGGACAAGGUGUGUAUUACUGUGUUUCUUACAAUAUGAUCAUAUGCACAUCGCAGGAAGUUUAAUACUACGUUUUGGCCAAAAUGACUCCUUAACGGUCCCAUGUUUCACUGAAUCCCGUUAAUCAUGUUCCACACUCACUGUCUGAAGCAGUCCAUUGAUCUCCAUGCAGAUGCUCAGUUGUUUUACUUCAGUAGAAUUGUUUAAGCACUAUAUUUGUUUUGUUUUUGUUAUACAGAAAGCUAUGCUUAAGAUGUAAAGUCUUUUGUAAAGUCUUCUGUCGACCGUCGUCAGUUCAAGAACUGAAACAAAAAUGUGUCAAUAAGUAUAAAUAAUUGUACAUACGUGUAUGUAUUAUAGUGCAUAUAAUUAUAUGUACAAAUAACACUAAAACAUAUUGUUUACACAUACUGUGAACCUGCUGUUUGUGUAGUGUGAAAGGUCAAAGUCAUUUGGGCCCCAAAUAUUCUGUGUUCUUUUGUGAAUUAGACAGGAACAAAUUAUUGAAGCAGUUUACAGAGCUGUGAGGCAGAACAUUAAAAGUCAAGUUUUUGUUUGAUGUUUUGUACUGAGCAGCUGGACAAAAGAGGUGUGUGUGUGUGUGUGUGUCCGUGCU